AAUUUUCUAUGAAUUUAUAUUAAAAGUCAAAACGGCAGCAACAACAAAUGAACAAUUAUCUUUUCUCAAUUAUGUUUAGGAAACAUUUCAUAUAUGAAUUGAACAAAUUACCAAUUACCAAAAGACAGAAAGAAAAUACGAAUGUCGAUGAAAAUGACGAAGAAGAAGAAGAAGAAAAAGAAAACGAAGAAACAAAGUUUUUCAUUGAUUUCUAUAAAACAUUUCAUCAAAUCCAAAUGAAUCAAAGCUGGUUUCCAAAAGAUCUACAUGAAUUUCUACAAUCUUAUAAUAUAAAUAAUUUUCCAGUUUUAAAUUUAAAUAGUGAAAUUCCCGCUGAAAAAGUUGGUUCAAUUACUCUCAAUGAUUUACAUGAUCUUUUUCAAUUUGAAAUUGAUUCAAAAAAUGUCAAUGAUCUAAUUCAAAAUAUGGAGAAACAAUUCAAUAAUGAUUUUAAACAAAUGAUAGAUGGUAUCAAUAGCUUGAAUAUAGUUACUAUAUGAUAGAUAAACUUUACACAAAAAAACUAUGAUGAUUGAGUAUUGAUUUUAAAAUGAGUUACCAUAUAGAUAUCUUUGUAGUUGUUAUGUGGAAAUAAAAUUAAAAUGAUAAAUUUG